AUGCUGAUUUUGAAAUGGGGGUUUAGAACCGAUGUGAAGCUUCAUCAAGUACCAGAAGAUAACGCAGUGGAAUUGAAUAGUAAAGAUAAAAUCAGUUUCAAUCAAUUUAUUUCAACUUUAAAAACAAUUGAUUCAUCAAAAAAACUAUGGUUAAAUCCACUAUUAUUCAACGGUUCAUUACAAACAUUACAUUACACAUCAUCCAAUAAUUCUAAAAAAUUUUUAAUUUGGUAUGGUAGAGAAAUUUUCAAAUAUAAAGAUGGUGGAAUUUGUUCAUUAGAUUGGGUCAUUGAAAAACCUGAAUCGAAAGAAGAAUUUAAUAAAAUUUAUGAAGAAACUUUACCUGAAGGAUUUCCAAAAUUACAUCCAAGAACAAGAUAUUUUACAAAAGAAGAACUUGAGACUUUAAAUGAACCUUCCACUAAUAAUGACAAACCAAUUGUUGUUAUUUUGCAUGGAUUAGGAGGUGGUUCUCACGAGGCUAUGAUUCGAAAUUUUGCAGAAGUUAUUCAAAAGAAUACUGAAGGUUGGGAUAUAGUAGUCAUCAAUAACAGAGGCUGUUGCCGUACAAAAGUCACAUCAGAAAAAUUAUUCAAUGCAGCUGCAACAGAUGAUAUCAGAGAAGUAUUGACUAGUUUCAAAUCAAAAUGGCCAAAUAGAAAAAUCUUCACGGCUGGUUUUAGUUUUGGUGCAGCAAUGUUAUCAAAUUUUCUAGGUGAAGAAGGUGAGAACGGAAGUGAGCCAUUAGUCGAUGCUGCUUGUGUCGUUGGUUGUCCAUGGGACCUCAUUGAUAGCGCUUAUCAUAUUGAGAAUUCAUAUACUGGUAAAUAUUUACUUGGACCUGGAUUAACUGGAUUUCUUACAAAAAUCAUUAAAAAUAAUUAUAAGGAGAUUCAUGACCAUAAUCCAGAUUUAGUCAAUGAAGAAGUGAUGAAAAAAUUAAAAACUAUUAAAUCAACAUGGCAAUUUGAUGAUUUAAUUACUUGUAAAACUUCAAAUUUUAAAAAUGCAUUUGAAUAUUAUAGAGAAUCUUCACCACAAAGAAAAAUUUUAAACAUUAAAACACCAACUUUAAUAAUAAAUUCAAAUGAUGAUCCUGCUGUUAGUUGUAGAUUACCAAUUUUAGACUGUAAAACUAAUCCAUAUUUAUGUAUGGUUGAAACUGAUCUAGGUGGACAUUUAGGUUAUGUACAAAGUAAUGGAGAAUUUUGGAGUGUCAAAGUUGCAGAAGAAUUUUUCCAAAGAUUUUCUGAACUAUAA